ACACACACACACUGUCACUCGCUCUCUGUCUGUCUGUGUUGUACACUCACAUACACGCUCUCACACACACACAGACAGAUAUACAGUAUUACAGUGGAAUCCGCCUCGCUUUGAGAUCUGUGCUCUGCUAUUGGUAGCAGGAGAAAAUAUAGGAACCACGGCACGGAGCGUAGGGAUACUACACAUCUCCACAUCUGCUUUGGAUGCUACAAAUGAGCGUACCUGCAGCAACAGCACAGAAAUCAGACAGCAACAACGGUGAGAUGCAAUCAGCUGCAGUGGCUCCUUCCUUCAUCCCCAGCCAGUCGGGGAAGAUACCGGGCAGGAAGAGAGGGAGACCUCCACUCCGCAAUGUCGCCAAGAUGGAUUUUCCUAAUCGCUACCCUGAAUCACUCCCUCCACUCAAAGUACCCAAGAAGAGGGGGAGAAAGCCGGGCUUCAAGCUCAAACCCAGGAUGGUGAUGACUCCAUUGGCUAUUUCUCCACCCAGCAGCACCCCUGAGCCCGAUAUGAGCUCCAUUCCUCAGGAUGCUGCCACCAUCCCCCACUCUGCCACGCCCCAGGUGCUCACAGUCUGCAUCUACAUCAACAAACAGGCCAACACGGGUCCCAAUCUGGACAGGAAGAAGAUACAGCUGCUUCCUGAUCACUUCGGGCCCGACAGACCCUCUGUGGUGCUGCAGCAGGCCGUUCAAGGCUGCAUCGACAGCGCUUUCCAGCAGAAAACGGUGUUCACUCUCCUCACACAAGGCUACGGGGGAGAAAAAAUAUCAGCCACAUUUGAUGGGAAGCAGCAUCUUCUGAGCCUCCCCGUGGUGAACAGCAUCGACUAUGUGCUUCGUUUUCUGAAGAAACUCUGUCGCAGCUUGCACUGUGAAAACCUUUUCAGUGAUCAGCCCAUUACCCAGCACAGCGGUGGCUCCUACCAGUCAGAUGCUGAAACCUCCAUGGCUGAAGACUACCAUUUAGACCAGUCAGAUGGCAAACGCUACUCUGUUGACCCUGGCGAUUCUGCAUUCAGCUCCAUAAGCUCGUCCUACUCACCAAAGUCCACCUACGGGUUUCGUUCUUCACAGCAGUUCUCUAAUGGCUCAGCCUCCAUGUGCAGGCAGUCGUCCACCAGCCCAAACACGUUCCCGGAAAACAACAGGACAGGUUAUAAUGCGUCUUCAGAGUUGCAGGAUUCCAAAGCUCCACCCAAUAAAGAUCCAUCCACCUGGUCUGUGGAAGAUGUUGUUUGGUUCAUCAGAGAUGCAGAUCCCCAGGCUCUAGGCCCUCACGCAGAUGUCUUCAGGAAGCAUGAGAUAGAUGGAAACGCUUUGUUACUCCUAAAGAGUGACAUGAUCAUGAAGUACCUCGGACUCAAACUGGGGCCGGCCUUGAAGCUUUGCUACCACAUCGACAAGCUUAAGCAGACGAAGUUCUGAAAACUGUCUACAGUUUAUUUACCCUCUUAAAUCCAGCAGAAUAUUUGAGGAAGGUCACAUCUGAGGACUCCAGGUCUGUGAGCCAAUGGGAAGGAAGUAGAAUCUCGAGCAUCAUGAGGCGCGUCACUUCAUUUAGGGUCCCCAGAAGUAAGGAGCUUCGCUUCCUUUUAUGCCACAAAAGUAUAAAAGCAAAUAGGUUACUACUUCUGCCACUAUUUAUUUCCUUUUUCAACCCUGAAUGAGAAGGUAAGAGAAUGAAAAUCUAAGAAAGCAAUGUGUUACUGAAUGGCUGUCUUCAGUCUUUCAUAUAUCUCGUUCAUGAAGGUAUUUGUUGGUAACUUUAGCAUCUUAACAUUAGCAAGGUCACACAGCAAGAAAGGGGGAUCCAGCUUAGUCUUGUUAAUGUUAGGUUCUCCAAUUUGCUAGCAUCACAAAAAUCUGCAAAUAUUGAUUUUUUUUUUCUUUAAAAGUUACUAUGCCAGACAUGGUAGUGAGUAUUUUAAUAACCUUAUCAUUCAUUUGGUGUCAUAUUUCUGGCCACCUGGUAAACUUAAAUCAAAUUUUUACUUUCUUUUGGCUCUGUUUUUGGUCUCCACCGACACCUAAGCUGCCAGAUGCUCCUUUUUGUUCACCGGCAGGUCUCUAACUGUGUCCAUCUGCCCUUUGGUGCUGAGCAGAUAGAGUAUAAAUCAGUUGAGAGGGUCUUCACUCAAAUCAGUUUAAAAUUAUGCUAUGAAAAAAAGGAACUACUUUCAGCUGCCCCCUUAGUCACAAGGGGUUGCCACAGCAGGUAGCUCCACAUGUUUGAUUUGGCAGAUUUCUAUGCUGCAUGCCCUUCCUGACACAACACCUAAGGGAUUUGUGUCUCCUCCCAGGACUGAACUGAGGCUUUUUCACGCAUUAGGUGACUAUGUAAACCAUUGCACUAUGCUAUGAGAUUGAACCAAAACAGCCAGACAGCUAAACAAUAAGCAAACACUGCGUAAAGCUAAGUAAAGCAAAGAGGAGCUGCAGAUUCAGGCGUGUCUAUUGACCUCUACACGCAACCACUUCAUAUUGAUAUUAUAAAAUACUUGCGGGCAGAGUGACUCUAUGAGCAGUUUGAGUCUGGACUGGUGCACCUCAGACCUGGACACCUUACUCCCUUGCCAUUGGCUUGCAGAGCAGAAAUGAGGGUUUUGCUAAGAUUUCCAGAUUUAUAAUUCAUCUCUCCCUCUUGUCUUACGUUUGGCAUAGAUUUAAACCUAAAACCAUCAUAUUGUGGAAUACACCCUUCAUAAACCUCAUACAACAUAUUUGUAAUCAUUAAAAUAAUGUCAACUUUGGUCUCACAAACCUUCGUUAGCAGAACAUCUGACUGCUGCAGAUUAUGUAUACAGUAUAUCUGUCAUCUGACAAGAAAUGUAUAACAGAAAACACUUUAUACCUUCAGAAACUCUCACUUUGUCAAAUGUCACUAUCCGAUCUUGUUUACUCGUGUUUACAGAGCUGAAAAACAUAUCUAUGACUGUACUUUAAAAAACGGUGCAUUAAAGACUACAUUGCUUUUUGAUUGAGAGAUUUCGAAAAUCAUUUUUGAUACUAUUUUUUCACAUUACUUUCUAACCAAAAAAAAGUAAUGUUCCCAUUGAAUUUGCCUUUCUUUUUUAAAAUUAUCAUUUUAAUAUUAAAAACAGUACAGCCUAACAAAACAGAAUAGCCUACGUAGAAAGACUGCAGCUCUCUUGUACAUAAACAAUAUAUAAAGAAAAAUGAGAGCUUUGUGAACGUGAUAUAUUAAUGUUUUAAUAUGCAAGGUUGUUACAUGCCACUUAUCUCCAUAGCCUCUUUAUGUACAGUCAUAAGAACAUUUUUUUUAAUUAUAUGUUUCUAUGUUUUUAUUGCGCAUCAGUGUUGAUACACAAGUUGUGAGAACACAUUACACAUUUAAAUGUUUUACUGAGAAAACCCAAAAGGCCAUGUAAAUGGGUAUAUAAGAUAAUAUUGCUUUUGUAUACCACUUUUGGUGUACAGUAUGCAUCCUUUUUUAAUCAAUUAACCUUUGUAAGUGAAUGCUGCUGUAAAGAUAUUACAUGUAAGCCAUGCCUAGUGAGAUCAAACUAAGCUUUUUUUUUAUUUUGAAAGUCACUAUGAAUAAGACUUUUAGAGAAAGCUGAGUGGAUCAGUACUCUAUAUGGUGCUAAAAGUUAUCAACGUAUUCAGCUGUUUGCUUUUGUGUUUGUGAGAUGUAAAGGAAAAUGUAUGUGUAUGCUGUAUUGUA